AUGGCUCUGCCCCUGCGCCGCCGGCUGCCGGUGCUGCCGCUUCUCCUUCUGGCAGCCGGCGGGCUGGCGGCGGCGGAGCGGAGCAGCGGCAGCAGCAGCGCCAUGGAGGAGCUCGCCACCGAGAAGGAGGCGGAGGAGAGCCACCGGCAGGACAGCGUGAGCCUCCUCACCUUCAUCCUGCUCCUCACCCUCACCAUCCUCACCAUCUGGCUUUUCAAGCACCGCCGCGUCCGCUUCCUCCACGAGACCGGCCUGGCCAUGAUCUACGGACUCAUAGUUGGGGUGAUCUUGAGAUAUGGGACUCCCUCUACCAGUGGACAUGACAAGCCGUUCAGCUGCUCGCAGGAGGACAGGCCGUUUACAACCCUGCUGGUCAACGUCAGCGGGAAGUUCUUUGAGUAUACACUCAAAGGGGAAAUAAGCCCUGGGAAGAUCCACAACGUGGAGCAAAAUGACAUGUUGCGAAAGGUAACAUUUGACCCAGAAGUUUUUUUCAACAUUCUGUUGCCUCCUAUUAUUUUUCAUGCUGGUUAUAGCCUGAAGAAAAGACACUUUUUCAGGAAUUUGGGGUCCAUUUUGGCUUACGCCUUUUUAGGAACAGCAGUCUCUUGUUUUAUUAUUGGGAAUCUCAUGUAUGGGGUUGUGAAACUAAUGAAGUUGGUGGGUCAGCUCUCUGAUAAAUUCUAUUAUACAGACUGCCUCCUCUUUGGAGCGAUAAUAUCUGCCACUGAUCCAGUUACCGUGCUAGCAAUAUUUAAUGAGCUGCAUGCUGAUGUCGAUCUCUAUGCCCUUCUGUUUGGGGAGAGCGUGUUGAAUGACGCUGUUGCCAUUGUAUUAUCUUCAUCUAUAGUUGCCUACCAGCCAACAGGUGAAAAUACCCAUGCUUUUGAUGCAGCAGCAUUUUUCAAGUCUGUUGGUGUUUUCCUGGGAAUAUUCAGUGGUUCUUUCAUGAUGGGAGCAGUGACGGGGGUAGUGACAGCUCUGGUGACGAAGUUUACCAAGUUGCACUGCUUCCCCCUACUGGAAACGGCUCUCUUCUUCCUGAUGUCCUGGAGCACUUUCUUGCUUGCAGAAGCUUGUGGAUUUACUGGUGUGGUGGCUGUCCUCUUCUGUGGAAUUACCCAGGCACAUUAUACAUACAAUAACUUGUCAGUUGAAUCAAGAAGUCGCACUAAGCAGCUCUUUGAGGUAUUGCACUUUCUGGCUGAGAACUUCAUAUUUUCCUAUAUGGGUUUGGCACUCUUUACUUUCCAGAAACACAUAUUCAGCCCAGUUUUCAUCAUUGGAGCUUUUAUUGCAAUCUUUUUGGGCAGAGCUGCACACAUCUACCCUCUCUCCUUCUUGUUGAAUCUGGGCAGAAGGCAUAAGAUCAGCUGGAACUUUCAGCACAUGAUGAUGUUUUCAGGUCUCAGGGGAGCCAUGGCGUUUGCUCUGGCUAUACGAGAUACUGCUACCUACUCACAUCAAAUGAUGUUCUCAACAACUCUCCUCAUCGUCUUUUUCACUGUGUGGAUUGUUGGUGGAGGUACAACUCCCAUGCUGUCAUGGCUGAACAUCAGAGUUGGUGACCAUGUUCCAUCGGUGGAAGAGAUGAGUGAAAGACGCUGGCUGUAUUUCAGGGUUGGGGUUGACCCAGAUCAGGAUCCUCCACCUACUAAUGACAGCUUUCAAGUCUUACAAGGAGAUGGCCCAGAUUCUGAAAGAAGGAACAGGACAAAGCAGGAAAGUGCUUGGCUCUUCAGGCUAUGGUAUAGCUUUGACCAUAAUUAUUUAAAGCCAAUUCUCACUCACAGUGGCCCUCCAUUAACCACAACUCUACCCAGCUGGUGUGGCCUGAUAGCCCGCUGUCUGACAAGUCCCCAGGUUUAUGAUAAUCAGGAACAGCUUAGAGAAGAGGAUUCUGAUUUUAUUCUGAAUGAUGGUGACCUUACUGUGACAUACGGUGAUACAACAAUAACUGCAAACGGUUCUUCUGGCCCCCAUACAGCUACCACUAGCCUUGACGGCAGGAGAACAAAAAGUAGUUCAGAGGAAGCACUGGAACGUGAUUUGGGAGCAGCAGAUCAUGAAGUUACAAGCAGGGGUACCCGGCUAGUAUUUCCUCUGGAAGACAAUGCAUGAUUACUGACUCAGUAAAAAUAACUCUUGCUCUGUGGAUGGAUCAAGGAAGACUGCAGGCCACUGUGUCACUUGAGGUGGGGAUGUUUAUUUAAACAAGUUAACAUGCGUAAGUGGUUUUACUAGGGUCUGAAGAUGUCACCUAUUUUUUACUCAAGAUGCUGACAGUGGGGUUUUCUAAAUGUCUGAAAACAGACAAAUGAGAAAACUGGUCAUUCCCCUCUUUUCAACCGCAUAUUGAAUCCAAGUAUAACUAGCAUGCUGCAAUUGUCUUGUUCAGCUGCAGCAGCUCUCUCUGAAGAGAGGUACGUGAAAACAUUAUCAUAGAACUGAGCUUGUCUUGGCUUAGCUUGGGAAUGUGGAAGAAGAAAUAUAAACAUGAUAAUUAUUAUGAGAUAAAGGAUGUAUGUGUAUCUGAAUGUGGAGAGAUCCAUUGUUAACUUCUCUCGUGAGGUUGAGGAAACUAUGAAGCAGAACAGGACAGUAUACAUUAGGACUACAGGUGCAUGAAUGCAAGACUCUGUGGGGAAUCUGUUACUGCAAGCUGUACCUAAUGUAUUUCAGGGAAAAAAGGGAAAAGAAGAUUUCUUCACUGGCCAUGUGUUUAAAUAGGAAGGCAAUGAGAGCUACUCGUCCCUUUAGCUUUGGGCAACUUGACUAUUACUAUUAGCCUAACUUCUAGUGCCUCAAAAGAAAAACAUCCAGCUUCCUGUGGUCUAAGACGUACCUGACCCAACACAAGUCCGGAGCCAGGCUCUCUCAGGUAGAAGUGAUGAGGUAAAACUUUCUCUCCCUUAAGGUUCUUAAAAUCGGAUGAAGAUAGUUGGAAACAUAUCUUGGGCUGGGGAAAACAGCAGAUAAGAGGAGGAGGGGGGAAAAGAGAGAGAGAAGAGGCAGUAUUGAACUUGCAUGGAACCAUGAGGUUUCAUAUUGCUCAGAAGAAUCCAUGGACUCUGCUUACAGUUCUUGUGUGUGAUAAACAGCAAACAUCUAAUUAAACAGACAAACAAAUACUACUGGCUUUACCAUUUGUGACUAUCCUAAAAGAAAGGUGUUUACUCUUGUUCUCUUUCGCAGAGUAGAUGUGAAACUUCAGUGGGGCAUUGCACAACAACAUAUAAGCUACAGAAGUGAUGAACUAUAGUAUCAUCUUAAAUGUGAAAAGGGAAAAAUCUUUGCCUAGUAUUUAGCCCACUUACAUGUAGGCUAGCUUUAACUUAUUGCUAAAUGCUUUUUAAUUUCCAAAUGAGGAGAUAUCAUUGUCUUUGCCAAUAGCUGAAAAUUUAUGCUUCGAGGAGCAGUUCAGCUAUUUAAAGCAUGCUAAAAUGUGAUUUCAUUCUCAUGUCUCAAAAGGUUUAUUUUUUUAAAGAGUUCUGUGGCCCACUAAUGUGAUGUAAUAUCAGUUUGUCUAAAAAGUGUGUUUUUCUUGCUGCCAUUACAGUUGUUCCUCUCAUAAAAUUGUGUGUGAGUAAAUACCCCCUCUGUUUUUCCUUAACUAUUAAACUUAAUGGGCUGA